GAUAGGAAGAAUCGUGUCUUAAGUAUCUUGAAAUCUGAUCUUUAUAACGUGGUUCACAGUAUAUGUUUAAAAUACUAAUUUAGACCCAUUGGUAUACCUGUUUGACGUCAAUAUCAUAACAAUAUUAGAUUGGGCGGCCAAGAAAUAAGACACAUUGAAGAAAAUGGCGAGUUAUUCCCCAGGCUGAAUUUGGAAUGCAUUUCCUAAAACAUAUUCACAAUGAAAAAAGCUGAAACCGUUCAGUCCGUUCUGAGAAAUGGAGAAUGUAAGAUUCAACUUUUAAGUAAAAGGGAGGAUGGAUCUUUUAACGCUGGAGGAAAAGUGGAAGCAAUCGUUCGAUUACAACUUACGGAAGCACUGGAAGUGAGAGGAUUAGUGGCCAAACUUCACGGUUACGCUAAAACGGAAUGGAAUGACUCGGUGGGUCCCAAUAGUUUUAGACGAGGAGGAAGACAGGAAAUUAUCAACUUAGAAAGUAAAAUAUUCAGAGCGAUGUCUUCAGGCGUUAAGACAUACAAUGCUGGUCCCCACGAGUUUCGUGUGAAAUUCGACCUUCCAAAAGCGGUCCCCUCGUCCUUUGAAGGAUCCAAUGGGUUUAUCAGGUACAUAUUGUACGUCCUAGCUCAGACAAACGCAAAGACAGAAAUGCUGGAUCCAAAGAACGUCCAUGUCAUCUGUCCGUUGGAUCUCAAUAUGGAUCCUAUUAACGGGGUCCCUUGGCACCGAUCAGAGAAUAAAGAUGUUGGAUUGUUCCCGUGUAUAGCGGGAAAAGUCAGCAUGACUUUACAGGUAGAUAAGAGGGGAUAUUGUCCAGGGGAGACAAUUGCGUUGUUUGGACAAAUUCACAAUAAUUCAAGGAUGGUCAUCGCCUUCAGCAGGUGUUCGUUAAUACAGAGAGUCAGAUAUUUACAAGACAAGUGGCACGACUUUGUUGAGAAGAAGAGUGUAGUCAGUAUUAAGCACGACUCUACGGAUCCUGGCUGUACUGAUUCCUGGAACGGAGACGAACUAAAGAUUCCUGAUGACGUCACCACCAAUCUCGAUCACUGCAGGCUUAUACAAGUCAAAUAUACUCUAAAGGUUGAGGUGAAAGUAAGGUUUGCAAAAACCUAUGAACUAUUAAGUAUUGUAUUGCGGAUGGGCAAUAUUCCAUCUACCAAGGCGACAAGAUCACCGUUCCCGUUCCAGUGAAUGUCAUGGGUGUGCUCGUAACCUGUACAGGCUGCUUGUGGAAUCACGCUAUACUCAGGAUCGGGUUUUCGAUUAGACAUUCACUUUAUUAAGAAUCGUUAAGAGUAUUUCAGUGGACACGGAGAGAGGAUAUUGAUUCAGCACCAUAUAAACUGACAGAGCUCAUAGGGGAAUAUUCCUUAAUCAGAAUGAGUGUAAAACGUGCAAUUUAAGUGUAGUAUUAUUUCAUUUAUACACGUGUAUAUCAUAUUGCGAUGAAAAACACAGUAUAGUUUGAUGCAAAGUAUACAUAUGUUUACUCAAAGGUUGUUUCAGAAACGUUAAUGAAUGGUCUGGGAUUGCUUUGAAUUGUUAAAGUGAUUUUGUUUAGCUUGAUAAAGAUAUUUUUAUACUUGGUAUCUCCGCUGUAUACAUUAAAAUAGUUAGACAGUAUAUCACCAAAACAAAUACGCAUAAAAUAUGGACUUUUAUCUUUCACUUUUGAAUGUACGUGAAUGACAUUGUUUUAAUUUUUAUUUGUCACGGAUAAAUCUGUAACAACUUCAAAAGUGAAUGAUAAUACUAUCAUGUUUCCCGUGGUACUUAAUGUAUAUCUUGAACAAUAUGUAGAUUGAAAUUAUCUUUUAAGAAAUUGAUUAAUUAUGAUUAUGACGAAAAGUCAAUAAGCUUGGCUAGAUUAACUUACUUAGGACUUCGUUUAGAAGUUAUGAUAGCUACUUGCUAUAUAGUAAGUGAAACAUGUUUUCGUUACCAAGGAACAUCAAACAUGUUUAUAAUUCAGAGUUCCUAAACAACUUCCUUGGUCAGUCAGUAUAGUAUAUGCUGUACAUUUACCAACUUGAAUAGAAUUCAGUGGCGUUAGAGUUGUUCAUCUUGAAUAAUGUUGAAUUUAAAACGCUAGGGAAAAGGCGAUUUUUACCUCAGUAGUAUAUCCAUUUAUCUAUUUUAUUUUUGUUCUUGUUUAUUUCAUUGUGUGAUAUGAAUGAUGAUUUGUUAUGCAAAUUGUUCUACAGUGCUAAGAAACGAAAUCCAAGAGAUUAUGGAGUAUGUCUCAUAUCGCCAUUAGUCGGCGGUGUAGACAUUUCUCACUUUUGAUUGGUGCUGAGUUUCAAGGAAUCUCUUGCUUGUUAUAGUGUCUAAUCACUUGUGCGUUAUAGUGUCUUGACACAUAUCCACAAUAUAUAACAAGAAGUACAAUGUAGGUGGUCCAGAUAAUCCCGAUUUAGCGAGACCUCGAGGACCCAAUAUAUAAACCAAAAAGAACAUUCUACCGUUCAUUGUAAAUAACAUUAACAAUCGAAUCUGAUGUUAUGUUUGAGGAUUAUUAAUUACAAAUAAAACAAUAA